AUGGAACAGAAACCCAGCUUGAAGAGCAUAAUCAGACCCUACAAGCCCACAGAUAAAUCUGCUAUUGUCUCUCUCUUCCGCUUUGGGAUUCUGGAGCAUGUCUACCCAGCUUUCCUCAAAGCCAUGAGUCAUCCGGACCACAUCGGCGUGACCCUCAGCGUCUCCGUGGCCGGAUAUGUGCUCGGAGGAUCCUCGUACUUCCAGGCCGUGCUCUUCGGAGGAGCCUGGGCUUGUCUGGUUUACUACUGCUGCCACGAGGCUUACGACGGCCACCUCAGGAGGAAGCUAGAGGCGGAAAUGGCUGACAUUCAGGCCAACUUCUCGGAUAAGCAGGCGAAUGGUUUCUGGGUGGUGGAGAUGGAGGUGAACGGGAAGUCGAAGCUGGCCGGGCUGCUGGCUGUGAAGAGCACAGACGCAGACGACGCACCGUCUCUGGAGGUGUUUCAGUUGGUCGUGUCCUUCAACCAGCGGCGUAAAGGUCUGGGAACACAGCUGGUAGAAACGGCCGUGGAGUUUUGUAAGGAGCAGGGACUUUCUCGAGUGAUCGUGGAGAUCAGCUCACCGCAAACCGCAGCUAUUUCGCUUUUCCGCAAACUCGGCUUUACUGUGACGUCCGUGUGUGUGAACAGCAACACACACGCUAACCAUUUGGUAUCAAAACUGACCCGGAUCAAUGUGAUACGAAUGGAAAAGCAUCUUUAAGAUGUCAUGUUAAAGCCUUGCAUCAGAAAUGUUUAGAUUUGUAACUCAUAUUCAUAUUUGACCAUCGCUCGGCAAUCAAGACUAUAUUCAUGCUCCAAAGACAAUCAAAAAGCAAUGCACAUUUAAAUGAAAUAGUUAUUUGCCU